UCUGCCACAACAAAACAUUCCGCUGUCAGCCAAUUCACGGCUGUACACAAGUAGUUACUGGCACACAGAGGCCGUUACAGAUACACGCAAAAUAUUUACUUUUAAAUACGAAACUUCUAUUAUUAGGCACGAUCGAGAACCUGCCCGAGUAAUAACGAAUUUGACCCGGAGUCGUUAAGGCUGUGCAGGGUGAAGUCGGGGGAGACGGACAGGAAAAAAACAAAGAUGGCUGUGUAGCCAGAGAGACGAGUCCCAACAGAAGUGUCUCUAGCCGCGGCUUUGAUCACCGACAGGUCCCGUGAGUCCCGUGGACAGUCAGUCGGUACCGGAGCGGGGACAUUAGACGAGCAGCCGAGCUGGGCCGCGGUGCACAUCUUUGUAUUCUGCUGUCAUUGCGAAUAACGGCGUCGAGAGCACAACAACAGCUGAGGGACGCCUGAGUUGUUUUUGUUCUGCCUGGGCAAAGGGAGAGGACUGCUGUGUUUUUGUCAACGUAGCUAGCACAUAGUCUGCUAGCUUCACUGUAAGUCACCAAAACUAGUCAACAUUUAAUUUAGUCGUUAUUACAUUUUGCACAUGAUCUCGUUAUUACACAAUCAUUGGUUUGUUAAAUUUUCAAGUUCCUAAGUGUAGGGUAGCAUUAAUAAUAAGUUAGUCCGCAUUCCUUUCUGACAGCCUGCUGCCGUAGCGUUAGCCUGGCUAACGUUAGCUAGCUGUCAGCUGACCGUUAGCUUGACAGGUUGUGAGCUAGUCCCUAGCUAACCUGCUAAUAUUUCGGGUUCAGCGUGGUCGCGGCAGGUACAUCUCAGACAUUUCUAGACAGUCAUCGCCAUGUCUUCACUGGAAGAGAGAGACGUGGGCGUUGCGGCCGCCCCUGGCUCCUCCUCGGCCGGCCUGGGGGUCGGGGCCGUGGGGGCGGCAGUGGAGGCUGUCGCCGGGGUCGCUGCCAUGCAGGAGGAGGUCGGGAUACGACGAGAAGGGCCCGAGCCUGACGCAGACGAGCCACCCAAGAAGAGGGUGAAAAUGCCCGAGGGAGAGUCAGGAAAGCUGGAGGAGAGACUGUACUCAGUGCUGUGCUGCACCGUGUGCCUAGACUUGCCCAAGGCGUCUGUAUACCAGUGUACCAAUGGACAUCUGAUGUGUGCAGGCUGUUUCAUCCACCUCCUGGCUGAUUCUCGUCUCAAAGAAGAACAGGCCACAUGUCCCAACUGCAGGUGUGAGAUCAGCAAGAACCUGUGCUGCAGGAACCUUGCGGUGGAGAAGGCUGUCAGUGAGCUGCCGACAGAAUGUACCUUCUGCCUAAAACAGUUCCCCCGCUCCAGCUUAGAGAGACACCAGAAAGAGGAGUGUCAAGACAGGGUGACGCAGUGUAAGUACAAGAGGAUCGGCUGCCCUUGGCAAGGUCCCUUCCAUGAGCUGCCAGCACAUGAGAGUGAGUGCUCCCAUCCCACUAAGACUGGUACAGAGCUGAUGGGAAUCCUGGGAGAGAUGGACCAGAACCACCGCAGAGACAUGCAGCUCUACAACAGCAUCUUUAGCCUGCUCUGCUACGAAAAGAUUGGGUUUACAGAGGUGCAGUUCAGGCCGUACCGCACUGAUGACUUCAUCACUCGUCUGUACUAUGAAACACCGCGCUUCACUGUCCUCAACCAGACGUGGGUGCUGAAGGCCCGCGUUAAUGACUCCGAGCGCAACCCCAACCUCUCCUGCAAGCGCACACUCUCCUUCCAGCUCAUCCUCAAGAGCAAGGUGAACUCUGCCCUGGAGUGCUCCUUCCUGCUGUUGAAGGGGCCGUAUGACGACGUGCGGAUCAAGCCUGUCAUCCACCACCACUCCUUCAGCAACGAUGCCAACGAGACCGACUACGUCCCUCUGCCCAUCUCUGAUUCGGUGGAGUGCAACAAACUGCUGGCCGCCAAAAACAUCAACCUGCGCCUAUUCAUCUUCCAAGUCCAAAAAUAAAGAGUGAGGGAAGAAGAGGAGGAGGAGGAGGAAGAAGAGGAGGAGGAGGAAGAAGAUGGAAAGGACAAGGAACAAGAAGAAGGGUGAUGGAGGACGAGGGGCUAAGAGAGAGAGGAUCUGAUGAAGAUUAAAGAGAGACACCACUGAACCACUGAUACCUCUUAACACCUACACACACACACACACGCAAAUACAUGUAUAUACUCACUCACACAGAAACACACAAUCACGCAGGGUACACACGCCACCACACACAUAUAUACACACAUAUAUACAUACAUACAUACAUACAUACAUACAUACACACGCACGCAAACACACACACACACACACACACACACACACACACCACUAAUUACACUUACCUCCUUUUACAAGAUAGUGAGACCCCUUGCUUGGGGGAGCUGUGAGUUGCUAUGGAGAGGGGUGGGCAUUGAUAUGGGAUGGAGGGGUGGAGUGAAACCUGCGAUGGCACAGGUGGGGGGUGUCGGGGGCAGCGAGUGGGGGAGGGGGUUGUGACAUGGUUGGUGUGUACCUGAGAUGGCUCUCUGAGGUCAGGCUGUGUCUGACCUUUGACCCCUGACACCCACAGCCAAAGGUAGCACACACACCAACCAAAGCAGGAUUUGCUGGGUGCGUUUGUUGCGUGCCUGUUUGUGUGUUUGUGUGUGAGAGAGACCGACAGAGAGAGAGAGUUAAGUGAUGGACCCUGGAGUGCGGCCCACACUCUGCUUACAUGUUCAAAUGUCCCAAACACACGUGAUAAUGUGAAACUAGAGCGUCUGACUCUACUGAGCUGUUCUUUGGACAUGUGAAGGGAUGUUGAGUGUGUAUGUGUGUGUGUGUGUGCGUGCGUGCGUGCGUGUGCGUGUAUGUGCGUGCGUGCGUGUGUGUGUGUUUGUCUUUUUCCCGUCCCUCCACAGUUUCGUCAACAAUUUCCUUCCGUUUUGGCAAACUUUCCCCUUUUGUGUCCCAGACUUUGCCAGAACAGAGGAAAGACGGCAUCCCCACUUUAACCCUCUUUUACCUUUCAACAAGAGGAGAGAUGGCCUGGCUGCAUGCAUAUUUUAGUUUCUUAGACUUAUUCCUCCAGCUGUGGUUAUAUUUAACCUUCAACACUACUAUAAUUUUUAUUUCUCUUAACCCUAAAUAUCUAAGUACCUGUGAACUCUUUUCUCUUUAGUUGGGUUUUAGUGUGUGAACAGCUGCCUGUGUGAGUGUGUGUGAGCAAAUCACAACUGUGAGAUUCCUGUAAACAUGUCCUAAAGUGAACCAGAGUAUGAUCGUUAGAGUACAGAACCAGCAAGACUGGAUUACCAACAGACCUUCAGGGGGCCCCACGUUCACUGCGUAUCGGUUGUAGGACUGCAACUAUUUUAGUUAUUACCUGCAUAUUAUUCUCUCAAAUAUUAAUUUAGUGUAUGAAAUGUCAAAAGUAGUAAAAAACCAGAUCCCAAACUGACGUCCUUGAUCUCUAAUUAAGGAUUCAUCCUCAUAUUUGAUUGGGAAUUUGCGCCGCUACAGUACCCUGUCAACAUUAUUAUGUAAUCUUAUGGCCGUGUGUCAAAAUCUAGGUUCACCACCUUUAUUGUUUUUUAUAUUGUUCUCUCAUGGUGCAUUUUUCUAUCUAUUUUUUAGAAAGUGUCUAUUUACAAAUUUUGUUCAAAGAUGUUCCAAAUCUCAAGGUAGUCAUCACUGGAAAUAUCAUUUCCUGCCAUCAUGACAGAUGGUCAGUGAUGCAUCUUGAGCCCUGAAAACAAUGACUCAAUACUUUUUUUCCAUCAGUUUGAAGAGUCGGCAGCUUUCAUCCAAAACUAGAAGUGUUAUAAAUCAGGUGAAACCUGCUUUUUUGGUGCAUUUUUCCUAAAUGAAAUUGUGUUUGACUAAAAUGAUCACAUAAGUGACACAGAGAAAACCUGGGGCCAGGUAGUAUCCCAGUAUAAGAGUAGUGGUUAGAUUCUGGGUCUUUGUGCAACAUAUAAUGAAGCUGAUGGGAACCUGAGCACAACAGGAGCCCAACUGCGAAUUUUACUCCCAACCAGGCUCAUCCGACCAUGGGGACUAGUCAACAACAGCAACGGAACGAAACACAAAUGGUGAGUGCUGAGUCUCAGGGCGCUCUGGAUUUCUUUGUGCGCUCGGAGCUCAACAGCUCUCUGGAGAGGACUUUUUUCUGGAAGAUCAGACUUUGGAUGGUGAUGGAUUGUGUGUGUGUGUGUGUGUGUGUGUGUGUGUGUGUGUGUGUGUGUGUGUGUGCGUGCGUGCGUGCGUGCGUGCGUGCGUGUGCGCGCGCGUGUGUGCAUGCAUGUUUGUGUGUGUGUGCGUGUGUGUGGCAGGGGUUGGGAUGGGGGGUUUUACCUUACCACAGUGACAUAUUAGUGUUAGACUUUCUUGAACGAGAACAAGACGAUGUUACUUAAGUAGAUUCUACUGUAAAGCAGAUAGAUCUCUCUCCUCCUGACCUCUACUUCCUGUAUUUCUGUGUUUUAAUGCUUCGUCUCUAUGCCAGUGGACUCACUCAUCUCACUAUGGCUGUACAUGUGCCUUUUAUUAAAGAUCAUGGAACCUGCA